AUGAUGUGCAGCGAACAUGAUUCGCUGGACUUCGUCAACUCCCUCCCAAAUGGCCCCUACAACUCCUCGUUAGCGACAUCGGCUUCAUCGUCUUCCACUUCGGUGUGGUCCGAUGCCUCCCAAUCCUCCGACGACACCUCCUAUUCCACUACUUCCGCCGCCCCGUCGGAACAAUGCGAUCAUUUCUCCUAUUCGCAGCCAAUCCAGCGGCCGCGUGGUCGUUGCCCGCAACUAUCCCUGCAAACCUCGGGGUUGGAACAGUCAAAGCCGGUCGAGGUUCCUCAAGAACUUCGCCAGAAUCCUCGACGCACUAGUAACAGUACAGCUGCCAAGUCUGGAUGCCCUCCUGCCUUGGUGCGACAAAGCGAUCGCAAGGUCAGCUUUGUCGAUAGCCUUGUCGAUUCCUCAACCCGAAUCGUUGAAGCCAUAUGGCCGCUGGCGUCGGUUUUUCAUCGAGAUGAGUUAGGUAGCAAGGCUGUGCUACCGCUGCGCACGUUCAUUCAGGAGACUUUGCGCCGUUCUCGCACCAGUUACUCCACCCUACAGGUUGCUUUGUAUUAUCUGAUCCUGAUCAAGCCGCACGUACCGAGUCACGAUUUUACUAUGGAGCAACCGAAUGACGGUUCUGCAAACAAGGUCCUGCAGUGUGGUCGUCGGAUGUUCCUGGCCGCCCUGAUUCUGGCCUCCAAGUAUCUUCAGGACCGUAACUACUCAGCCCGUGCUUGGAGCAAGAUUUCUGGACUUGCGACUCUGGAGAUUAACCAGAAUGAGAUGACAUUUCUGACCGCAGUGGAAUGGAACCUUCACAUCACAGACGAAAUAUUUCAACGCUGGACCGAGAUCGUACUGAAGUACGUAUCAUCGUCGCAGCCUCCGUCUCCGAGACCGGUCGCAGCAUCUCAAGCUACAGAUCAACGGACCCAACUCUGGCGGAACUUGUUAACUCGACUAAACCCUAAGCUGGACAACAUUGAGGAACUGAUUCCCGUCAGUCCUUCUAAGCUCAGACGAGCUCGGGAGCCACUGCAAGUCGCGGCUCCAUUGGAGCGUACCUUUGCUUUUACGUUCUCGGAAGGCGACGCGACGCCCACUCCCAAGAGCUACAUCACGCCUGCCGUGAUGGAACCUGCACCGGCCACUGUUUAUACCCCCGGCCGUUUUGCACCCGCCCUUGGCCUUCUGCCUACGCCGCGACUCACUCCGCAGUCGGCUGGGUUCAGCACUCCAGCUGUGAAUGCUGCUACCUGUAUGCUUGGCGUAAGGGGCUCGAUGAGUCUGGCUGUGGCUCAGGCUGCCCAUGUCUCGGCAUCCCAGAACCUUGACCGUUGGCCCGUUUCGAACACGUCGCCUCAGAGCUACUACACGACACGCCGUUCUUCACUUGCCAAUUCCCUUUCAAACGCAUCUUCACCGGAAUCGAUGAUAUCCGAUUCAUCCCGCACAUCACGCUCAUCCUCGAUCUCGUCAGCAUCGUCGUUGGCUACUGCGCCGUCCACCAAACUGGAUGUUCAGGCGCGUUGCCGAAACGCGAAGCUGUAUGGAGAGAGGUACAGUGUGAGACCAGCCAUCGCUUCGGUACCAGAAGAUUAUGAAGAGAAUUGCAUCACAUCCUCACCUGAUUCUUACACCGGCACGGUGGGCAAGGAUCUGUACCAGAUGUCAUUUGACAUCCCAUUGGCAGGACAAGGAUGUGAGAUGGACGACGCUGCCGAUGCCGCUCGUGCUCUACAGGAUCUUCGGAGCUCUUAUUUGGGCUACACUCAAGAUCACUCGACUGCUCGAAUUGGCUCGAAGCGAGCUCGACCAUCGUCGAUCGACAACUCGCUUUAUUCGAAUGUCCGUGAUAUGUUGAGCGGCCAGUAUUACUCGCAUGCUGGGACCCAAGACAUGGGCAGAAAGCGAGUGUGCUACUCGUCCGAUGCCCCUAUCACUUCCUCUGCGAUCCCCACAAUGCAUCCUGCUGUGGGAGGAGUCGGAGGACCUGGAAUGUGGGCGGGCAUUCUCAACUGA